CGUUUACUGUCGUCAGGGAUUGCUAUUUUAGUAAACUUAGCAAGUUCACCGGACCCGACUCUACCAAACAAUAAACGAAGUCGAAAUUUUAGUAACACUUUAGAGGAUAGCACUUUAAAAUUAUUUCUAUAUGCUAGUAAUUUUUUUGUAUUAAUAUCCAAGUGAAGUAAACAAGAACGAAAGGAGAAAGAAACAGAAUUAUGGAUUUACAAACUUUAAUAGCAGCUAGUUCAGGAUCUGUUGCAAGUCGUGUCAUAUGUCAUCCAAUUGACACAAUUACCGUUCAUAAACAAACCGUGGGGAGUUUUUCGUUUCGAAAUACGCCUUUAAAAGCUUAUUAUCGUGGCUUGCCUAUAUCUUUGACACUAAUUACUCCUGCAACAUGUCUAUAUAUGUCUACUUAUGUAGAAUCUAAGAGAAGGCUAAAAGACUACUUGGGUGAUGGUGUUUUAUUGUAUUCUGCUUGCGGAAUGACAGCUGAAGUGGUUAGUAGUUUUGUAUGGACCCCGUUAGAAGUCAUCAAAGCUCGUACUCAAAUUUCCCAGCAUGGAGUAAUCCCGACAAUCAAGAGUCUACAGAAACAAGAAGGGAUUAAAGGAUUUUAUCGGGGUUACUGGAUGGGUAUUGCUAUUUAUUUACCGACGACAGUAAGCUGGUGGGUAAUGUACGAAGAAACCAAAAAAUGGUUACAAGCAAAUACAAAUUUUGAUAUUUCAUUAGUGGCUCCUCUUGCUUCCGCGCUUGGUACAGUUGUAGCAACUACUAUUUCUACUCCUCUAGAUAUAGUGAAGACUCGUUAUCAGGUUGCUACCUCUUCAGCUAUGCAAAAAACGGAAUUCGCAAACAUUUCCAGUAAUAAAAUCAAAAUAUCUGAUGUUGCCAGGCUUCUUUUCAAAGAGCGCGGACUCGGAGGAUUCACUCGUGGUCUAAUGUUUCGAAUGGCUUAUAUCAUGCCGUCAGGUAUGAUUUCGAUGUCCGUUUUCGAAUCCUUUAGAGGUGGUGCUUUCGAUCAAUAAUUAAAAAAGAUAAAAAGCUCUUUAUUAUGGGUACUAUAACCAUUCCGCUCCUCUACUUCUAUUCAUCCCUCAUCAUUUCUGGCAUCCAUAUGUACCGUGUACUAACCUACACUAACGCGUGUGCACCCACAUUCCACAGAUCAUUUCAGUUCACACUAUCUUUUAAAAAAACCUACUUCUGUUUCUUUUUGU